CUUGGGAAACAGGCAGGUUCGGAGAUGCUGGAGGACACUAGGACAUUCGCAUGAGCACGCGCAGUGACUUGGCGGCGGCGGCGAGGUGCGCGUGCACAGGCGCGGGCCGCCAGCCGGGAGCAGUAAAAGGUUCAGUCGAGAAGCUGUGGGGGGGUCGCCAAGCUCCCACGGUCACUUGGCUGACGUGAGCCACUGGGGCGCGCACGGCGCCUCGCACGAGCUGGGGCUGAGCCGCGUGCGCUCUGCGGUCCCUGCGUGGUCACCGCGGCUCGGAGCACCCGGUCCGCUGACGCGCGUGUCUGACAGCAAAGGCGAAGGCCGUGCUCUCGUCGCCGGACAUCCCCUCUUCGCGCGAUGAGCCCCGAGCCCGCACCCCAGCCUCCGGAGCCCCAGGGCGUGCGCUGCAGCCUCGAGGAGCAGGAGCUCUCGGCAGAGAGCCUGAUGGAGGAAGCCGAGGCCUCCCUCAUCAAAGAGUACCAGGCGGCGGCCGAGCUCCUCCGCUCGAUGCUGGCCCGAAUGGCGCAGCCGGACCGUGCCCUGUGCGUGCACCUUGGGGAAACGCUGUCUCGCGCCGGCCUCUUCCCCGAAGCCAUCGGCGCCUUCCGCGGGGCCGCCCUGCUCGGCCCCCUGAAGCCCUCGGAGCUGGAUGAGCUGGCGAUAGGCCUGGCGCGCUCCCUAGACCUGCACAAGAAGUGGCUGCCGGAGGUGGCAAGGUCCGGCUGUGCGGCUGGCUCUUCGGGCCCGGUGGAGCCCCGCGACCUGCUGGGCUGUCCGCGCUGCGGGCGGCUGCUCUACAAGCCCGUGACGCUGGCCAGUGGGCUCACGGUGUGCAAGCGCUGCGUGAAGCUGGUUCCCGGGCGGCCACAGGCCCGGCGCGUGAACGUGAUGCUGAGCGGGCUGCUGGAGCGAUGCUUCCCCGAGUAUUGUCGGCUGCGCCGGAUGGCGUGCCAGGCGCGGGGGAUUCAACGCCAGCAGCAGCCCGAGGCCGCGCUGCUCAUGUGCCAGCAGGCCCUGAACAUGGCCCCCGAUGACAGCUCACUCCUGCUGCUGCGAGCUGAGAUAUAUCUAACCAAAAAGAACUAUGAGCAAGCCAUGCAGGAUGCUGAUACGAUCUGUCAGAGGGAGCCUCUCCUGGCUAAGGGGCACCUUAUAAAAGCUCAGAUUCUUUCUGGAUUGGGAAGAAGUAAAGAAGGGCUGAUGGAAUUUAUCUACUCCAUUGCUUUAAAUCCUGGAUGUAAGUCAGCAAGGAAAGAAACACAGAAGAUAAUAUGUGAGAUGUUGUUUUCAGCUUCAGAAAGUGAGCAUCAGAAUUUGACAGCUUCUACCCAAAGUGGACCAGAGGCCCACUGUGAUGGCCAGAUGAAUCCCCAGUGUGCUGUGGAAGAAGGCGGGAACGUGAAUAUGGGCAGCCCUGAGAAUCCAUCUGAGAAGUCUGAUGCAGUUAAGAAGGAAAUCAAUUCUUCGGUUAUGUAUUUUAUUAUGGGCCGAAACCGUGAAGAGGACAAAAAGGCUUUGGAAAGCGUCUUUCCAGCAGCACCGAGCAGCACUUUAAAGAGACAGCUCCCAAGUGACACAGAAGAUGAGUGUGAUGGGAACACCCCCGAGAAAGUUCCCAAGAAAGAUGUGGAUUCCUCACCUCAGGGGAAAGUGAACUCUCUGGAGGAGCCGGAGUUCACGAUUGACCUGGCUGACUUUGAGUGUGCUCUGUGCAUGAGGUUGCUCUUUGAACCUGUCACUACGCCCUGCGGACACACAUUUUGCCUGAAAUGCCUCGAGCGCUGCCUUGACCAUGCUCCACACUGCCCACUGUGCAAAGACAAGCUUUCAGAAUUGUUGGCAACCAGAAACUUUCAUGUGACCUUUCUGGUUGAAGAACUGAUACUCCGGUACUUACCAGAUGAGCUGUCUGAUAGGAAGCGGAUUCACGAUGAAGAAAUGCUGGAACUAUCGGAUCCGACCCGAGAUGUGCCCAUCUUUGUGUGUGCCAUGACCUUCCCCACGGUUUCCUGCCCUCUCCAUGUCUUUGAGCCCAACUACCGGCUCAUGAUAAGAAGAUGCAUGGAAACCGGCACCAAGCGAUUUGGCAUGUGUUUGUCUUCAGAACAUGCAGGGAUUUCGGAGUUCGGCUGCAUGCUGGAGAUAAGGGACAUCAGAACUUUCCCAGACGGAAGCUCCAUUGUGGAUGCCGUCGGGAUCAGCCGCUUCAGAGUGCUCAGCCACCGCCACAGAGACGGCUAUAACACCGCGGACAUUGAGUACCUGGAAGACGAGAAGGUGGAAGGCCCAGAGUAUGAAGAACUCACCGCCCUCCAUGAGUCAGUGUACCAGGAGGUUGUUUCCUGGCUUGCUUCUCUCCAGGAUCCCAUGAAAACGAAAAUCCUAAACCUUUUCGGGUCCAUGCCAGACAGGGAGCCUGAGGCACAGAGCAUCGCUAUCGGCCCCGCCUGGUCCUGGUGGAUUCUGGCCGUGUUGCCGCUGGAACGCAAGGCUCAGGUGGCCAUUCUCGGCAUGGCCUCCCUGAAAGAGCGGCUGCUUGCCAUUCGGCGAAUCCUAGCCAUCAUUACCCAAAAGAUGAACAGUCGCCAAGAGAUGGCCAACAACGCACAGGGAGAUAACUGAGUUUCCCCUGUGUGAAGGUUGCUGGAAGCCCCUGUGUGUUUCUGAGUUGCAGGCGGGGACAGGUGCCCCUCCUCCUCACUGCUCUUUGUAAAAUGCUUGUCAGUAAUGUGAUACAUAAGACAGAGGCCAAAUACCAAUUUUCUCACACAUUCCAAGUCUGCCCGCGGGACUCUGGCACUGUUCAAGGUUAGUCUGAACCCCCAGUGGAAGGUACAGUGGGGAGCCCCGUGAGAAAACCUCUUCAGAGCAGGCAUUUCAAGAGUCCAGCCCACUACCAGCAUGGGACACACACACACGGUUGACAUGUGAUGUAGGUGUUGAAGGUGAUGACAUUCCUAGUUAGUGUCUUGAGAUGGUAGAUGGAGCACGUGUGUGCCAGCGGCCAGGCAGUGAGUGAGAGCCACGCUUUCAAGUGGGAGCAGGUCUAUUAGAAUACAAGCACGCCAAAAACAGACUUGGGCUCUGUUAGCUGCAGUGAACUCAUUUGUAAAUGAAUCACUGUCCAGUCUUUCCCCCCACGAAGUCAUAAUUACUGGACAGAGCUGUGUUGGUGUUUCAUGUCCUGCUAUAAUUCCAGGUGUUGUGAAUUGCAUGUCGUAAUUAAAUGAGUGUUACAAAUGUAAUAUGUAUCUUGUGUAUAGAAAAGACUGAGAAUAACAGCUAUUUUGAGACUAUAUAUUUAUAAACACCCCGAAAGUGUGAUCGAAGUGCAUUGGAAUGUCAAACACACAGCCAGACUUGCUUUCUAAGCAAAGUUUUCUGUGUAUUCAACCGGGAAUUUCCAGUCUGAUAAUGCUAGGUGUAAUUCCUGGCUCGAGCACAGUUUGGGAAUAUGGAUAGGAAUACCCAGACAUCACUGCUGUGCUGAGCUGGCUGCUUCGUCUGUAAGGUGAGCAUCCAGACAGACAAGACCCUGAAUUUACAAACAAGUGAAUGACGAAUGCCAUUGAGAGAAACAGUAGAUGCUCCAGGUUCUCUACAGAGGAGAGGCCCAUUGUCUAGGGUCGUGUGGAGGAAGCACUCAAGUCAGGCAUGGAGGUGAUACGUGAGUUCUAUUGUAUGGGCUAAGGCUUUAAACAGUGACGACUUGUAAUAGCCUCAGACAACAGAAGAGACCUCCGCUACCCUAGAUGUGCAAAACCUGUUUGCAGAAUUGCAGACAGUCCCAAAGCUCAUGUUUUAGCUGUGUAGCUGAACUUUGGAAAAAAAAACAGUUAAUACGUAGGCUGUAAAGCUGCAUGCUCACAGCUCAUCCAUUUACGCUGCGCCAUGUUAGCAGCUGAUGUUCUUGUGAAGUGAUUGUUACCAACUGUGACUUGUGUGUAAUUUAUUUCAGAACAGGUUUGAAUGAGUGAAGUCCAUAUCAAUGAACGUCAAGACUUCUGCCUCUUUACAGAUCAGUAGUGAAAUAUUCAUAUGAUAUGGAAUAGUCACCCAGCUUCUCUCUCGUUCCUUGUUUGAGACGGGGGCAGAGAUGUGUUAGUACGCUUCUUACACAAGGCCAGUUUUAAGUGUUGUAAUGUUUACCGCAUUGUGUUCUUUGCCUGUUCAUUUUAAUGAAUUGCAAUUGUGUAUCUAAUAUGUGAUAGUUGAGAUAGAUAAAAACGUACAAUGUUGUAACAGUUCUUUAGUAAAUAAUCCCUCCCAGAUAACGAGGUAAAUGUCAAGACUGUGCAAGAUAUUAAAUUAGCUUUCUGGUGUGGUCCUAACAAACCGCCAUAGACUUCUGGCUGAAAACACGAGAAAUACACGAUUCCACAAUCGUAGAAGUUAGAAGAUGAAGAUCAAGAUGGUGGUGGAGCCAUGCAUCCUGUGAGUUUCUGGGAGAAUUUCCCUUGCAUCUUCUAACCGUCCCCCCUGUACCCUGGCUCUUCGAUAAACAUCUAGGACUUCAGUUCAUUAGUGUGUGGCCUUCUGCUCACUAAGUGCUCACUCCUAUGGCUUUCUCCUUACAGAGCACGCCCUCUGACUUGAUCCCAUCUGCAAAACAGCGGUGUUUUCAGAUAAGGCCGCUGUGUUGGUUGCGUGUGUUUGUUGGCUUGUUUUAUAAACACGAAACAAGCUACAGUCAUCUGAGAAGAGGGAACCUCAGUUUUCUUAAUGCCCACAUGAAAAUGCCCUGUGGGCAAGCAAACUGAUGUUUGAUAUGGGAAAACCUGAUCUGGUGGUGGUGGUGCCUACCCUGGGCAGGUGGUCUUGGGGAUAUAAGAAGCCCAGCUAAGCAAGUCAUGGGGAGCAAGCCAGUGAGCAGCACUUCUGCAUAGUUUCUGCUUCUGCUUCUGCCUCUAGGUUCCUGCUCUCGCUUCCCUCAGUGAUAGACUGUGACCUGUAAGCCAAAUAAACCCUUCUGUUCU